AUGAGUGAAGUUCAGGCUAUGGUAGAAUUCUCCGUGGAGCUCCACAAAUUCUUCAAUGUGGAUUUGUUUCAAAGAGGCUUUUACCAGAUUCGUGCAUCUAUGAAAAUUCCUCCAAGAAUUCCACACAAAUUAGAAGCUAGCUUGUUACAUGCAACUGGUGCAGAUCUUGCUUUUCCUGCUUCAAUCCAAGACAAUAUAGUGUGCAGUAAAACAUUUCAGAUUCUUUACAAAAAUGAGGAAGUUUCUGUGAAUGAUGUGAUGAUUUUCAAAAUAAAAAUGCUUUUAGAUGAGAGGAAGAUUGAGGAAUCUCUUAAUGAAAUGAAUUUUCUGCUAACAUUAGAUCUACACUUCACGGAUACAGACUAUUCACCAGAUGACCUGAGCACACUACAGCCAAUUAGUAGCCGAACUUUAAAGUUGCACUUUAACUUACACCGGGGCCUUCACCAUUAUGUCAAUGUCAUGUUUGAUUACUUCCACCUUUCUGUCAUAUCGGUUGUAGUCCAUGCUUCCUUGGUUGCUCUGCAUCAGCCACUGAUAAGUUUUCCUCGCCCGGUGAAGAAUACAUGGUUGAACAGGAAUGCACCAGCACAAAACAAGGACUCCGUGGUUCCUUCUCUUGAAAGUGUGGUCUUUGGCAAUAACUACACAAAACAGUUAUCAGCAGAUGGUUGCAGUUUUGUUGUUUCAGAGUCUUUCCUCAGCCAUGCCUAUAAUUUUCACUAUACGCUUUGUGCCAGUUUACUGCUUGCUUUCAAAGGGUUACAUAGCUAUUUCAUUAUGGUAACAAAGGAGCUCCCUUCUUCUCACCGAAUUGAACUGGAAAACAUAGAUGUAGACGUUCGUCUUACAGAAUUGUGUGAAGAAGUAAAGAAAAUGGAAAAUCCUGAUGAACUGGCAGAGCUUAUAAAUAUGAAUCUUGCUCAGCUUUGCUCACUUCUGAUGGCACUCUGGGGACAAUUUCUGGAGGUCAUUACCUUACAAGAGGAGGUCACAGCACUGCUAGCACAAGAGCAUCACACAUUAAGGGUGCGCAGAUUUGCAGAAGCAUUCUUUUGUCUUGAGCAUCCUAGGCAAGCUGCCCUUGCCUAUCAAGAACUGCAUGCUCAGAGUCAUCUACAGAUGUGUGCAGCUAUCAAAAAUACUUCCUUCUGCAGUUCUCUUCCACCUCUCCCUAUUGAAUGCAGUGAACUAGAUGGAGAUAUGAACUCCUUGCCUAUCAUCUUUGAAGAUCGAUAUUUAGAUUCAAUUACUGAAGAUCUGGAUGUACCCUGGUUGGUAGUUCAGAGUCUUCCAAGGUCAGAGUUCAAUAAACUGGAUAAAUUUGAAGCUGAAGAAGGUUUUGUAGCUGGUGUUACCAGCCCAGAACUGAAAAUAAGACCUGCAGGUGCCUCCAGUCUUUGGCAUCCAGAAAGUGAAAAGAUGCUAACAAAAACUUUGAAAGGGAAAAGUGAAGAUGCAAAUAAAUCCAAAGUUAAAGUUACUAAGCUCAUGAAAACAAUGAAACCUGAAAACGCAAAAAAAGUUGUGAAACAGAACUCUAAGGACUCUGUGGUCUUAGUAGGCUACAAAUGUUUGAAAAGUGCAGCACUGGAAGAUGCCUCUAGAAGCUCAGAAGGCAGGCCUUCACACAAUGCUGACGAAGGGCUGGACCCUAAAUUAGGUGGGUUUCCUUGUGAUACAAAGACCUGCAGCAGGCAAGCAAGUCAAAGAGAACUUCCAUUUUUGCCAUCUGAAACUGAGGAAAAGACUGCCAAGAUUGAAGGUGGCCAACCAGGUCCAGGUAACCCCAUGCACUCUGGUAACCCCAUGCACUGUGAAAAUGUGGCUACUUUUGGUAGACUUAGUAUCUCCCAGACAGGUGCUGGAACUAUACAAGCAGAUAGUGCUCUACAGUCCAGAGGUACACUUGAAGGUUGCCAUGCAGGUCAACCGGCUUCCUCAGGAGUUAGGACAAUUGAGGUCAAACCAAGUAAUAAGAAUCUCUAUGAAGGCGAGAAAGUAACUGUUCACAUUGGAUCAUGGGCUGAGUUUCCACAGGAUGGAAUGCAAGGAGAGAAUUUCCAGACACCCAAUAUUCAGUCUUCAGAAUCUGGAAAUAAAUUGAAUCCAGAAGAACAGGAACCAGUGCUUGAAGAGGAAAAUGUCCAUGAAAGAAACUUCCAACAUACCAGUGACAGUUUGACAAAAAUAAAAAAUAAUCAGCCUACUCCUUCUACAAAAGAAAGUCAGCUUUCUGCAAGUGGUGAUGUGGCUAAAGUACCAGAUGUUAGUGUGACAUAUGCCUCUUCUAGGUUUUCAGAUUCAGGUGUAGAAAGUGAACCAAGUUCUUUUGCAACUCACCCCAACCCUGAUCAGGUUUUUGAAAAUGUUCAAGGGCAAAGUGCAUACAACGGUGAGAAAGCACUUCCUCAGCUUUUACUAAAACCAGAGUGUGCUAUAAAAAACGCAAUAGAAAGCCACUGUACUGAGAGUACCAGUGCUGUAAGUGAAAUACAGUCAUCCCUAACAUCCAUAAAUUCGCUGCCAUCAGAUGAUGAUGAGCUGUCACCUGACGAGAAUUCGAAGAUAUCUAUUGUACCUGAAUGCCAGCUAAGUGACAGUAAGACAGUAUUGGAUCUUGGAGCAAUUGACUUGCCAAAAUGUGAUGACAGUAAAAAAUCAAACACGAAUUUGCAACAACAGUGUGUUGCCUUUUCAGGGCACUUGGAUAACAGAGCUCCGUCUGUACAUUCCUUGCUCUCAGGAACAAAAGAUCUUUUACACUUAGUUGUUUCAGAUGAGGAUAUGUCUACUGAUAUGAAAAGUCACAGCCCACAGGCAGACUUUGGCACAACCUGCAAGGACUCUCAGGACCUCGAAAGGCAUCUUAACACUACAGAAGAAACUGUUAAAUUGCAUUUGGAAAUUAUUUGUACGGGUGAGCCAUCCAUUGUUUCAGGUUCUUCGUCUGUAAAUGCAGAGGAUGAGGUUGAAAAAAAAAAUGAAGGAAAACAUGAUGAGCAUUUAGAACCAAAGGAGACAAUGGAAGAACUGUCAGUAGCUAAAACUGAAACUGGUACAGAUAAUCCUUCUCCAACCAGUAGUACUGACAUGGUAAAGCAAGGGCUUGUUGAAAACUAUUUUGGCUCUCGGAGCAGCACAGAUAUUUCAGAUAUUUGGCCUCUGGACAACAGCAAUCCUGUUAGCCCGCAAAAGGAAACGUAUGAAAAACAAAUAUUUUGUUCUUCCCAACAAGAUGAGGAGGAAGAAGAGGAUCAAGAAAUGAUUGAAAAUGGGUAUUAUGAAGAAACAGACUACAGUAUAUUAGAUGGAGCUGCCAGUGCUGACCAGGAUCAUGGCUCAGCAGAAGAGACCCUGAGAUCUGAAAGGAUUGAUAGUGGGCAUCUGCGAGAUGUAAUGACGGUGCCUCCUGUCUGCACUCCUGGCUGUCUGUCUUUUCCUUCUUCUCUGAGAGACUCUCCUUGUAAUGUUAUCUGUUCUUCAAGGCGUAAAUCUGAUGCAAUUACACAACAGCCAGGCAGCACAUCCUAUAGCUCAGCCUCAUCCGUUUCCUGGUAUGAAAGCUCCCCAAAACCUCAAAUGUUAGCUUUCCUACAGGCUAAAGAAGAACUGAAGCAACUUAAACUUCCUGGAUUUAUGUAUAGUGAUGUUUUAAAACUGGCUUCUUCAAUACCUUACUUCAGUAUGGAAGAGGAAGACUGCUCAGAAGAAGGAAUACAUCUUAUAGUCUGUGUCCAUGGCCUAGAUGGUAACAGCGCAGAUCUAAGAUUAGUGAAGACUUACAUUGAGCUAGGGCUGCCUGGAGGGAGAAUAGAUUUUCUCAUGUCUGAAAGAAAUCAGAAUGAUACCUUUGCUGAUUUUGAUUCCAUGACAGAUCGCCUUUUAGAUGAAAUUAUACAGUAUAUACAAAUUUAUAAUCUAAACCUUUCAAAAAUCAGCUUUAUUGGACACUCACUGGGUAAUCUAAUAAUCCGUUCAGUGCUCACAAGACCUCGAUUUAAGUAUUACCUCAACAAACUUCAUACCUUCCUGUCUCUGUCUGGACCACACCUUGGUACCCUCUACAACAGCAGUGCUCUUGUUAAUACAGGUCUGUGGUUUAUGCAGAAGUGGAAGAAAUCUGGUUCUUUACUGCAGUUGACGUGUCGAGACCAUUCAGAUCCACGACAAACAUUCUUAUACAAACUUAGUAAAAAAGCAGGUCUUCAUUACUUCAAAAACAUUGUGUUAGUAGGCUCUCUGCAGGAUCGUUAUGUUCCUUAUCACUCAGCUCGCAUUGAGAUGUGUAAAACAGCUUUAAAGGAUAAACAAUCAGGACCAAUUUAUGCUGAAAUGAUCCAGAACCUGCUUCUGCCAGUUCUUCAAAAUAAGGAAUGUAAUUUGGUUCGUUAUAAUGUAAUUAAUGCAUUACCCAAUACAGCAGAUUCUCUCAUAGGGAGAGCUGCACACAUUGCUGUUCUUGAUUCAGAAAUAUUUUUAGAAAAAUUCUUCCUUGUUGCUGCCCUAAAAUAUUUUCAGUAGAGAAGAGCAUUGUAAGAGACUUGGUUAUUACCUCAUUAACAGAUGAAUCAAAUAAUGUGUGGUAUAAGUAUAGCUGCAGCUGUAUUUUAAGAGAUAUUUAUACUUUUUAUAUGGAAGAUAAUUUAUAUCAUCCACACUUAGGGCUUUUUAACAUCAACUUUACUUUCUAGGUAAUGUGGCUGUGCAAUAUUUUUUUAUUUUGUUCUUUUUACUUUUCUAUCACUUUUUCUUAAUUUUGGGUACCUAAUCAUUUGGAGAUUGAAGCACAGUGCAUUUUUUGUGGCUGGUUUAUUAUUGGCUCUUAGACUACAAAAGUCAAUGUUACUUGGCUACAUUUUACAAGAGGCUUUAGAUGCCAAAAUAAAUUGGAUUUAAAAAUUCUAA